AUGGAUACAUCCAGUCACGAUUCUUCAGAGUACGAGUCUCAGGCUGAUACUGCCGGUGCACCUCCCCCUGGUAAGUCUGAUUAUUGUUUCUCAGAUUAUGAAAAUGUUGAUGUUCAUAGUGAUGUCAGGUUAGAGCUGGAAAGUACCCAACUCGAGUUAGGGGCAGCAGAGGCGAUGCGUAGGGCGGCAGCAGCCAAACGUAGGGCUGCUGAGAGGUUACGCCAGAAAGACAGGACAGACUUUAUCGAAAAUAUUCGGUUACCUUAUAAUAUAGACAGUGUCGAUCCAAGAGGUCACGGGCCUUAUUCAGAUGGCGUUACACCUGAGAAUGUUCAUAAUAAGGCUGUAGAAUUGGAGGUUUAA